CUAAACUCUAAAGUAAUACUAACUUUAGAAAAUAUUAAUCUGUAAAAAGCUAUAUAUUCCCUAAUAUAUUAGUUUAUUAAUUUCAAUAUAUUCCCUAAUUACAAAUUUUGGUGUGUGUGUGAUUUUCAGCCUUAUCUCUUUGAGCUGUAGAUGUUGCUGUUAGCCCUCUGAUCCAUGAUUCAUCGGACAUCGAGCCCCAUCACGAGCCUUUUUAUUCUCAACAAUAAUAAUCAUUUUUUUUCUUAUAACCUUCCUCUCUAUUUUUACAAUUUAUUUUGUUAUUAGAAGUGGUAGUGGAGUGAAAAAACAAAUCCUAAGCAGUCCUAACCGAUCCCCGAAGCUAAAGAUUCUUCACCUUCCCAAAUAAAGCAAAACCUAGAUCCGACAUUGAAGGAAAAACCUUUUAGAUCCAUCUCUGAAAAAAAACCAACCAUGAAGAGAGAUCAUCAUCAUCAUCAUCAUCAAGAUAAGAAGACUAUGAUGAUGAAUGAAGAAGACGACGGUAACGGCAUGGAUGAGCUUCUAGCUGUUCUUGGUUACAAGGUUAGGUCAUCCGAAAUGGCUGAUGUUGCUCAGAAACUCGAGCAGCUUGAAGUUAUGAUGUCUAAUGUUCAAGAAGACGAUCUUUCUCAACUCGCUACUGAGACUGUUCACUAUAAUCCGGCGGAGCUUUACACGUGGCUUGAUUCUAUGCUCACCGACCUUAAUCCUCCGUCGUCUAACGCCGAGUACGAUCUUAAAGCUAUUCCCGGUGACGCGAUUCUCAAUCAGUUCGCUAUCGAUUCGGCUUCUUCGUCUAACCAAGGCGGCGGAGGAGAUACGUAUACUACAAACAAGCGGUUGAAAUGCUCAAACGGCGUCGUGGAAACCACUACAGCGACGGCUGAGUCAACUCGGCAUGUUGUCCUGGUUGACUCGCAGGAGAACGGUGUGCGUCUCGUUCACGCGCUUUUGGCUUGCGCUGAAGCUGUUCAGAAAGAGAAUCUGACUGUAGCGGAAGCUCUGGUGAAGCAAAUCGGAUUCUUAGCCGUUUCUCAAAUCGGAGCGAUGAGAAAAGUCGCUACUUACUUCGCCGAAGCUCUCGCGCGGCGGAUUUACCGUCUCUCUCCGUCGCAGAGUCCAAUCGACCACUCUCUCUCCGAUACUCUUCAGAUGCACUUCUACGAGACUUGUCCUUAUCUCAAGUUCGCUCACUUCACGGCGAAUCAAGCGAUUCUCGAAGCUUUUCAAGGGAAGAAAAGAGUUCAUGUCAUUGAUUUCUCUAUGAGUCAAGGUCUUCAAUGGCCGGCGCUUAUGCAGGCUCUUGCGCUUCGACCUGGUGGUCCUCCUGUUUUCCGGUUAACCGGAAUUGGUCCACCGGCACCGGAUAAUUUCGAUUAUCUUCAUGAAGUUGGGUGUAAGCUGGCUCAUUUAGCUGAGGCGAUUCACGUUGAGUUUGAGUACAGAGGAUUUGUGGCUAACACUUUAGCUGAUCUUGAUGCUUCGAUGCUUGAGCUUAGACCAAGUGAGAUUGAAUCUGUUGCGGUUAACUCUGUUUUCGAGCUUCACAAGCUCUUGGGACGACCUGGUGCGAUCGAUAAGGUUCUUGGUGUGGUGAAUCAGAUUAAACCGGAGAUUUUCACUGUGGUUGAGCAGGAAUCGAACCAUAAUAGUCCGAUUUUCUUAGAUCGGUUUACUGAGUCGUUGCAUUAUUACUCGACGUUGUUUGACUCGUUGGAAGGUGUACCGAGUGGUCAAGACAAGGUCAUGUCGGAGGUUUACUUGGGUAAACAGAUCUGCAACGUUGUGGCUUGUGAUGGACCUGACCGAGUUGAGCGUCAUGAAACGUUGAGUCAGUGGAGGAACCGGUUCGGGUCUGCUGGGUUUGCGGCUGCACAUAUUGGUUCGAAUGCGUUUAAGCAAGCGAGUAUGCUUUUGGCUCUGUUCAACGGCGGUGAGGGUUAUCGGGUGGAGGAGAGUGACGGCUGUCUCAUGUUGGGUUGGCACACACGACCGCUCAUAGCCACCUCGGCUUGGAAACUCUCCACCAAUUAGAUGGUGGCUCAAUGAAUUGAUCUGUUGAACCGGUUAUGAUGAUAGAUUUCCGACCGAAGCCAAACUAAAUCCUACUGUUUUUCCCUUUGUCACUUGUUAAGAUCUUAUCUUUCAUUAUAUUAGGUAAUUGAAAAAUUUUAAUCUCGCUUUGGAGAGUUUUUUUUUUUUGCAUGUGACAUUGGAGGGUAAAUUGGAUAGGCAGAAAUAGAAGUAUGUGUUACCAAGUAUGUGCAAUUGGUUGAAAUAAAAUCAUCUUGAGUGUCACCAUCUAUAAAAUUCAUUGUAAUGACUAAUGAGCCUGAUUAAACUGUCUCUUAUGAUAAUGUGCUGAUUCUCAUGAAUAUGCUCUUUUAAUGUGCAUGGUAUUAUAGGUGGACCAGAUUAUUUUAACAAUGCUAAG